AACACCUUACGGUCAUGCACUAUCAGAGCGCCAUGAUGGCAAGAAGAUGACAGUCGUGCCUGUAUGUGCGAUCAUGCAGAUUGGAGUGCGAGCCGUACUAGCCGCAGCAGGUUGAAAUAGUGUUCUUUUGGACUGUUCAACAUUCAGUUGUCACUGGUCAUAAAUGGUUCCAUUCACAUUGUCAAGCAACUCGAACAAAUGAAGAAACAUUCUUGACGCUUCCCUGUGUCCCGAAAGUUCCCAUCCAAAGGCCAUCCGGAGCAUGCCACCCUUCCGAAACGGUCUUUAUCUUCUCAUACGAUCUGAUUCUGAAGUUCGAUGAGAGCGCUAGCGCUUUUCAUGCUGUUGGGGGCCAAAGCUAGAUUUAGUUUCACUAUUGACUGGCGUGUUGUCUCAGCUACAAAAGGACACAUACGUACGCGAUCGCGUUCCAUGUGUGGCAACAGUCAUCUUUCCCUCCUUGUCCGUUGCCAUCUUGUCCUGGACCCUAUUCCAAGCCCUUCCCGGGCUCCAGCCUGUCUUUUCAAGUAUUGCACGAGCCGCUCAAGGUCUAACGUUCAACCAUGAGCGUCGAACUCACAGCGCCGCAGCUCGAUACGGCUGCUGAACAUCUUAUGGCAGCUAAGAUGUUCUCUCUAGCUUCGUGUGUGAUGCUCUUCUACGACAUGACCAUUACAUUCGGCGACGAGGUGGAGAAGAUUUGGAAGCAGCGUUUCACAGGCGCGACGGUUCUCUGGUUCUUGAACCGAUACCUCUCCCCUUUAGGAUAUAUCGUAAUCAUAGUGUCAUUUCACGAUCCUUGGAGGGAAUCUAUCUGCAAUCACUACGUUCUAUAUCCCGAAAUCCUAAAGAUAUUUACAGCUUUCGUUGUUGGCGUGAUAUUCAUUCUACGACUUUACUCCAUAUAUUCGCGAAGUUUUCCAAUACUUGUCACGUUCAGUCUUCUGCUAGUCGCAGAAAUUGCCGUGAAGAUUUGGGCCUUCACGGAUGGGACUCAAUUAGUCCUACCACCCGAACUGAUUGGAUGCAUUCUUGUGGGAAAGUCUGCUUCCGGGAAGCGUUUCGUGUAUACCUGGGUGGCCGAGCUAGUGUUUGACACACUUGUUUUCAUUGCAACACUCUACCGAACGAUCAAUCUAUAUCGCACUUCGGAUUUUGGAGCUGCACAUUCACUCGUUCGUGUGAUCAUGCGAGAUGGUAUCAUGUACUUCGCCGCGAUUUUUGUUUCAAAUGUUGUCACUGUUACAUUGUUCCUCACAGCAACUGCCGAUUUGAAGGCAGUCACUGCGAGUUUUAGCACACUCAUUACGAGUCUCAUGGUUUCACGACUUAUGCUGAACCUUCGUCGAGAAGCAAUGCGCCGCAAACCCGUCAUGCCGUAUCAAUUUUCAGCAAAUUCUGGUCUUCCCUCAAUUCACAUGGGUGCGGAUUCCCAGCCAUCUGCCACUUAUUCUUCAAUGUAUACUAUUUCGGAUGCAGAACGGACCUUCGAAGCCAGCAUCGUGGGGAAUUUGGGGGCUCCUAUUUCACAAUGGUACGAUGAAGAGCAGAUCGAAGAGAACGACAGGCCGGUAGAACGUCAUGACGGCAUGGACAACAUGGAAAUGCGGCUACGUGCUCAAGGAAGAAUUGCGGUGGAAAUAACAGAAGAAGUUGUGAUUGACGUUGACGAUUCCAUCCAGGUCACGCCCAGGGAACAUGCUCUAGAGCAUUUCCCGAGGUGAUUGUAAUUUGCGAUACCUCUAUACGAAAUAACAUAUUGUACAUAUACAGUCUAUCGUUUAUUCUGACUACUGUAUUAUAUUAUGUCGGCAGUUUGCUGGCGGCCAUAGACAAUCGCAUGACGCAUAACGAUGCUUCAUCGUUGCGUCUACAUAUUUAG